GUCUGCUGAUGAAGACCAGGAGGACAUCAGUCUGGGUCUCUUUGACACGAGGGAUCCAGAUUAUCAGAUCCAGAAUACAAGAGGUUCACGUAUGAAGAGGCGGCGCAGGAAGAGUGACGACGUGAGCCUCAGAGUCUGUCUGUUACAGGACGCCAACGCCAACAUACUCAAGAAAGGCGUGUUGAAGUCACCGAUGCAGGAGGUGAGGUGUCCUCGAGGCCUUCAGGAGGCAGAGUUCCUGGACCUCCUCAGGUCCUCCUUCCCCCAGUUGACCGAGCAGUUUGAUGCUUUCACAACCGACACCACCAGGAAACUGAAACCACUUCACCUGGAGACCAUGACACCUGAGAAGAUCCAGGGGGCCAUCAAAUCCAGAGGGAGAGGAAGGUCAGCUCUGUACGUCCGAGUCAAGGCGGCGAAGGAGUCCCAGAGGAGCGCUUUAAGAAGAGAGGACGCCAACGAUGACACGAGAGAGGAAACAGAGGAACACGGAGGUCCUGCAGAGAGAGCGGAGAGACCACAACAACACACGGACACAGAGGAGGAACAUCCAGGAACAUCUGAAGAUGAAGAGUGGAAACCAGACAAGGAUGAUGAGGAGAUACAAAGGAUGAAACCCAAACUGGACUCCUCAGAAACCAUGAACCAGAACAACUCAGGAAGACGACCGAGGGACUUCAGCGCCUGCUCUGACAGAGAGAGUGACGGUGACGGAGGAGAUGAAGAGUGGAGACCAGGGGAAGAUGAGGAUGAGAUGGAGGACAGGAUAAAUAAACCACACUCAUCAGGAGAGAACAGCGGCGCUCCUCUGUCCUGCAGAGUCUGCCAAGCCCUGAAGGGGUCCACCAGCAUGCUCAUCAAACACUCCUGGAGUCACGUGGAGGAUCCAGAGAGACUCUGUGGCGUGUGUGGAGAACCUUCAGAGUCUCCAGAGGAGCUGAGGAGUCACCUGAACACUCACAGGAGAACACACAGCUGUGACGUGUGCGGGAAGAACUUCCUCACCGUGGUCGGUCUACAGGAACACGCCACCGUGCACGGGAUGGAGAAACGGUUCAGGUGUGAGGUCUGCGGUAAGGCGUACGCUUCAAAGAACACUCUGAAGAGCCACCAGUGGGAACACGUGGAGGACAAACCUCAUAGAUGUGACGUCUGUCAUCAGUCCUUUGCUUUCAAACAGCAGCUGAGGAUCCACAGCAGGACGCACACGGGGGAGAAACCGUACACCUGUGACCUCUGCGGGAAGUCCGUCUCUAAUCUACGGUCUUUGUCCCGACACAAGCUGACUCACUCUGGGGAGAAACGCUACAGCUGUCGGGACUGUGGGAAGAGGUUCGUGAGUCUUGGAGGACUCAAACAACACGAGACCAUUCACACGGACCGGGACAGAACACACCUCUGUGAGAUCUGCUGCAAAGCCUUCCACAAGCGAGCUCAGUUAAACGUUCACAUGGCGUCACACGGGGACAAGAAGUUCAUGUGUGAUAUAUGCGGGAAGGGAGUGUCCCAGAAGAGCAAGCUGAAGGCACACAUGAGGAUCCACACCGGGGAGAAACCGUACGGGUGCUCUGACUGUGGGAAAAGAUUUAACAGCAGCAGUUAUCUGACAGAACACAAGUUAGUCCACUCAGGCGUCAAGUCACACGUCUGCAGUGUGUGUGGGAAAACCUGGUCCCUCAGGAAGUUCCUGAAAGUCCACAUGAGGACUCACAACGGAGAGAGACCGUACAAGUGCUCCAUCUGUGACAAAGGCUUCACUCAGAACCACUGUCUGAAGACUCACAUGAAGAGCCACCAGGGGGCAGCAGAGGACGGACUGAUGGACUAACACCAACAAUACUAAUGUUAUUCUGACUCUGUAGUGGAAGUCACUGCAUUAACAAUAAAAAUGUACAAGUGUGUACAGAAA